AUGGGAAGCCGCAUGCACCAUACUAAUGACCCUCGUUUGGCCAAUAUCUUCUUCACUGAGAGCGCUUUCUUUUCGAAAAAGAUCAUCCCCAACCAUCCCGUACAUCCAUUGGGUAUGCCAGAAGCUGGAUUGUUUCUUGGCGAUACAGAUUCGGAGGCGUGGCGGAUUACGCAUAAAUUUUUACCGCCAGCUUUGGGUCCCAAGGCGGUACGACAUUAUGCACCAGCAAUGCAAAAAACUGUGGAAGAGUCAUUCAGUGUAUUCGACAAAUUGGACCUGGAUGGGGAAGCAUGGAACGUAUAUCCAUACAUGAUGAAGAUCGGUUCUCAAGCCGUUGGCCGACUUGUUCUUGGCAUGAAUUUCAAUCAUUUCACAUCUGUUGAUGCUCCUUUGCACGAAUUUGUGCUCAAGAUUGCGCAUAAUGUCGAACUAAGUAAGCGAGUGUCGUCUUUCGGUAGCUGGUAUGCAAACAUACCGUUCGGAGACCCCAAAAAGCUUCGAGACAAUAUGCACGAAAUCCAGAGAAUGAUAUUCGAAGCAUCCAAGAAAGCAUCUACGGGAGUUGAAGAUUUAAACCUUCAAGAUGCCGCUCUACAGUCUCAAAAUUUGGUCGACUACUGUCUCAGGGCAAGAGACUUGAAAGGCAAUCGAUUGGAAUGGGAUCAAUUUGUACCAGCUUUGGUCAUACUUACCGGCGCUGGGUUUGUAACCUCUGCUUCACUACUCUCGUGGAUGAUAUACGCCCUUGUGACCUACGAAGGGGUGCAAGAGAGGCUACUCCAAGAACUGAUUGACCACGACUGGGAUGACGAAAUCCAAGUGACCGGAGAUUUGGUAAAUCAACUGAAGUAUCUGAAUAACUUUAUUAAGGAAACUCAGCGGACACAUAAUCCUUCAUUCCAGCCUGCCAGAACUGCGUUGGUGGACAUGAUUUUACCCGGAGGGUACAGGCUAGCAAAGGACUCUAUUGUUAUUGCCGAUUUGCACCACAUUCACAACAACCCACACAUCUGGGAUAACGCUGAAAAGUUUGACCCUGACCGGUGGGACACCGAGAAGGUUAAAAAUCGACCUCCUGGAUCCUACCAACCAUUCGCCUCGGGCCCACGAAGCUGCAUCGGAUUUAAUUUUGCUCUCCAAGAGAUUCAGUUUGGCCGAAACAGGAACCGUGGAAUAUAA